CGUGGCCGGGCGGAAAGAGGAAAGUGCAGGGGCCGCGCCGGGGAACGGGCUCCGCUGCUCUGCGAAUUUUAAAAAUGUCUGGCGGCACUCAUGAUGCAACAGUUAAAGAGAAAAACAGAGACAUGGUGGAACCAAGAAGUAUUGUUUCAAUCUCUGCCACAGAGAUACAGAGCGAAAUACACAAUGAAAUGCAACAUGAGACGCAAGUUUCUGAAUGCCCAGACAAUGGACAGGAAGGGGACCCGGCCAUAGCAGGGCAUCCUUUGAAUGAGGACUGCUCUAGUGGAGACAUAGCUGAGAUUGAUCCCGGUGAAUGCAGCGAGACUGUGAACCUCCAACCAGAACCUGAAUCUGAAAUACUGAAUGAACAGAGUAGCCCAGAUGUGGAUUCACUGUCUAAAGGGAGUAGAUGGACAACUUGGGGAUCGUGGGGCCGGUCCCUGCUUUCAACAGCAUCUGCCACAGUUGGGCAAGGAUUUACAGCAGUUAAGGAAAAAGCAGCUACCCUUGGACUUCAUGGCCCUCCUUCUGACGCCGCAGACGAUCCUCCUCUUGACACAGAUGAAAGCUCCAUCACAGACUCUGAGGAGAUUAUACAGGAAACCUCCUUAGACAGCCCACCCUUGUCUUCGUCUCCCUCAGGCUCACGUGGAGUGUUUUCUACCCUCUCUAGUGCAGUGCAGAAUACGGGGAAGAGUGUCUUAACUGGUGGACUUGGAGCUUUGGAAUUCAUUGGCAAGAAAACUAUGAAUGUCCUGGCAGAAAGCGAUCCUGGAUUUAAGAAGACCAAAACGCUGAUGGAAAGAACAGUAUCCUUAUCUCAGCUUUUGCGGGAAGCGAAAGAGAAGGAGAAGCAGAGACUGGCCCAGCAAGUCACAUUUGAACGGACAGCGCACUACGGGCUGCUUUUUGAUGAGUUCCAAGGUCUGUCUCAUCUGGAAGCCCUGGAAAUUCUGUCUAAUGAAAGUGAAGCCAAGGUACAGUCAUAUUUGGCAUCGCUUGAAGGGGAGGAGUUGGAAACAGCCAAAACUGCUUUGAUUGCUAUUAAGGCCAUCUUUUUCCCAGAAGAAUCAGAUAAUGAAGAUGAUGAAACAAAAACAGCAGAAGACAUGGGAGAUGAGUUUGUGACUAAACUUACAGAACUGCUGUUUGAGCUGCAUAUUGCAGCCACUCCUGACAAGCUAAACAAGGCUAGAAAGAAAGCUUAUAAUUGCUUGGAAGAAGCCAGUCUCCUCACCUCUACAGAAAUUCAGGAGCAUCAAGAAGAGAAGACUAAAGAGGAAGGAGAAAAAGAAAGUGAAGAAGAGCCUCAAACAGAAGAAUCUGAAAACAGAGAAGGGGAAAAAAUGAAAACAAUAGAGGAAAUUUACACGUCGUCUAUCGAGAGCCUCGCCGAGGUGACAGCCCGUUGCAUUGAGCAGCUCCACAAGCUAGCAGAAUUAAUUCUCCAUGGCCAGGAAGUGGAAAAGCCUGCGCUGGAUCAGGCAAAAGUCCUAACAGACUUGACAAGUGCCAUGUGCAACGAAGUGUCAUCCUUAUCAACAAAAUUUUCUGAUUUAUUAACUGCCGCUGGGAGCGACAAAAAAGCUGAGGUCCUUAAUCCAAUGGUCAAUAGUGUACUAUUAGAGGGCUGCAACAGCACUGCUUACAUACAAGAUGCUUUCCAGUUAUUGCUUCCAGUUCUCCAAAUGUCCCAUAUCCAGACUAACUGUUUGAAAUUACAACAGUGACCAUCUCCCAGUUAAAAGAACCAUCAGCCUGAUUUCUUUGUCGUGUUUGUAGCCCAAAAAUAAAGCUGAUAGGCCAUGAAGGAACCAUUUAGGAACACAAAAUGCAAUUUUGCACAUCAGAUAACACUUUUGUAUUUAGCUAGAACUGUUUAAAUGCAUUAUUACCGCAUUCCCCCCCCCCCCGUUCCUUGCAUUAAUUUAAGGUA